CUUUCCACAACAGGACUGCACAGUCUUGGGGAGGACGUGUCGGAACGGAGCGCGUGAGUUUACGGUAGCCUCGGCAGAACUGUGAAUGGGUGGUUUAUCUGAUCCUCACUGCCAGCCACACACACACAGCCAGCCCUACACACACACACUGCUCUGAGAGCAGCUGCGUAAUUACGCACACGCACUCCCUCGCUCUCUGGAGGAAGACUCGGGAAGUGAAGACCCUCUAAAACAUUCCCUGAAAUAAAGGAGCGCACUCAGUUUUGGAAAGAGAGGGAUAGAGAGCAAGCGCAGGAGGAGAAGGAGAGAACAGAUGCCAUGCUGCUGUCUGUGCUGUUCUGGUUUUGUCUUGCGGUGCCACUGGGCCAAGCGCUGGAGUUUCGAUACCACAGCACGACUCAGGUGGAACAAUAUCUCCACGAAAUCAGCAAAAACUACUCCAGCAUCACACACCUGCACAGCAUCGGCCUGUCUGUUGAAGGAAGAGAGCUUUGGGUGCUAAUACUGGGUCAACAUCCGAGAGAGCAUCGUGUCGGCAUUCCUGAAUUCAAAUACGUUGGUAACAUGCAUGGUAAUGAGGUGGUGGGGCGAGUCUUGCUGCUCCAGCUGAUCGAUUACUUGACCCGCAACUAUAUGAGCGACCCUUUCGUGACGAGCCUGAUGAACACCAUGCGCAUACACAUCCUGCCCUCGAUGAACCCAGAUGGCUUUGAGUCGUCAGGACGUGACUGCAUGUACUCACAGGGCAGGUUCAAUAAAAAUGGCAUGGACCUGAACCGGAACUUUCCGGAUGCAUUCUUGAGUAAUAGUGAACAGGUGAGAGAAAAGGAGGUGGAAGCAGUGAUGAAGUGGCUGAAGACAGAGCCGUUCGUCCUCUCUGCGAACCUCCAUGGAGGAGCAGUGGUGGCCAGCUACCCCUAUGACAACAGCAACGGAGGCAUUGAGCUGCAAGGGGACUCUAGCAUUACUCCAGAUAAUGAUGUGUUUGUCCACCUGGCCAAGACUUACUCAAUUAACCAUGCAAGCAUGCAAAAGGGAAGCAAGUGCUACGAUUCCAAGGAUUUCACUGACGGCAUCACGAAUGGCUACAGAUGGUAUCCACUAGAAGGUGGGAUGCAGGACUACAAUUAUGUUUGGGCUCAGUGUUUAGAGAUCACUCUUGAGCUGUCCUGCUGUAAGUUCCCUCCAGAACGUGACUUGCCAGGUCUGUGGGAGGCCAACAAGCUUGCACUGCUGGCCUACAUGCAACAAGUACAUUUAGGUGUAAAAGGUCAAGUGCUUGAUUCAAAUGGGAAGCCAGUCCAAAAUGCCUCAGUGGAGGUCCAGGGGAGGCGGAACCUUUGUCCAUUUAAGACAGAUCGCAAGGGAGAGUAUUACAGACUAUUGCUGUCAGGAAACUACACCAUCACGGCCAUGAAAGGAAAGCAACUGACUCUGAGUAUUGCAUUUAAAGAACUGCUUCAUCCUCAUCGGAGACGGGCCGUGCUUUGGGAGCUCAUGAUGGAAUGCGCUUUCUCCGAUUUUCCUCAGUGUCACUCUCACAGAGAAGCACACUCUAAAGAAAACCAAAACUUUGGACAGCUGAUAUAAAAGGCAUAAGUGCAAAAUGUUUCAGACCUGACACCUUCAACUGUAUCGUUACACACAAGAUUAACACUUAAACAUUCUUUUUGCUUGUUUGUUUGUUUGUUUGUUUGUUUUUUAAAAGAGUUUCUUUGAGAUCUUGUCAGUUUUGGCCUUAAAGGAAAAAGUCGAUCCUGAAUGACUUGCAUAUCAGUAUUUAUUCUAUCCACAUUCACUGGAUAUGAGCAAUCACACACUUUGGUUACUCUACUAUUAGGCUAUCAGCUCAUAAUACCGUGAGUAGAGAAAAACAAAAUGGCGGAGCGUGUUGCUGAACCAACCGAGGACGAAAUACAAACUCUACUCAAAACAAAACUCCAAAAAUGAUCAAGUAUUUAAAAGAAACAGAAAUGGCGAAAAGAAUAUUGUCCCCCCCCCAAAAAAAAAAAAAUAUAUAUAUAUAAUCUCCUGUUCCAUACUCCAGCCCAGUUGGUGGUGGUUAUGCAACUUUAAGUUGGUUUGCCAACCGUCAAAAACCCUAAAGAAGAAGUAGCAGUCAAAAAAAUACAAAAAAAAGAAAAAAUAUUUGAUAUGAAGAACGUAUUUUUUUUUUCAAGAAUUAUUAUUAUCGCAUUUUUCACAAAUUGCUCCUGUCAUUUCUUCGGUUUGUUUACAUUCUAAGUGGAAAUGAUUUUGUCACGUUUUGUAUAAAGUUUUUAUUUAUCGAAUUUGCAAAAAAUAAAAAUGCUCUGUUUCUCAAAAUCCAGUGACUGUAGAUAGAAUAAAACAGCUAUUCCACUCAAUCUCAUCAUACAUACCUCAUCAGCUAUCAGCCCAUGUACGACUUGAUUUCGUGGAAUAACUAUUAAAUAUAACAUGUGAUAGGUAGUCACAUCCAAGAUUUGAUUUAUAAUCAAAGUUUCUUUAGCUUUUCAUCAGCACUGCUCUAUUUUCAUUUUGGCUAAGUAUUUCCUGUGUUACCCACAAUGCCGUUCGCCUCCCCAUUGAUAGUGGUGUACUGUAACUGAGAAUUAGCCAAUGCUUCAUCUCUACAGUAUUGCAGCAGCACUUUAGUCUGUCUAGCUCUUGAACUUACUCAUCUGUUCUUGCUAAUACCAAGAUCCUUGAUCAAUACCAUCAUGUUGUCAUCUCACCGAUGUCUAACUGUUCAAGCCGAGUUGGUUGCUGUUCACAGCCUGUAUCUGCAUUGUAUUCUGGAACUCGAUGUCCAACUCCUGGGUAUAAUGUUUAUCCAUUAUGUUUGGGAGUGUUUUAAAAAAAAAAAAGUCUUAAACACCAUUUUAAGUGGACAAGCAACAUCCAUUUACGGUAGGACAUCAGAGCAGAACACAGCUGCGAACAAAAAUACAGCAAAAAAUUCAGACCAGAAAUGCUAUGCACAUCACAAAUAGUUCAAUCUGAGCAUGUUUAUUGAGUUAGAGUGGAUCUUUCCUUUCAGAAGUUUGUCAGCGUGGCCCCUGGAAUCAAUUCUAGACACAUGUCGCUCAGAGAACAUGCUUCUUUCAGUACAGUCAAAGCUCAGAUAUGUGACUUUUCCAGUGGUAACUUUAUUUGGUGAAAUGCAAGGUUUCACAACCAAGGUGAAUCCUUAAGGGCUGAACUGAUUUGCUAUUUCAACUAAAGUAUAAUCUCAUGUUUAUCAUCGACACAUGCGGUUUUAUUAAUUUUUAUCCUGUUAUUGUAUUUCUGUCAAUUAUGUUUUCUAUGAAGUCCAUUAUUUAGGAAAGUGGAUGUUCCAGAAUUUCAAGUUUUACGCAGGUAUUUUAUCAAGCCAUAAAUGCUGGUUUAUUUACUUAUCACAUUUAAACAUUUUAUUUCCUCUAAAUUGCUUCUGUUUGUUGGAAAUGUGUUCAGUUUCUGGUUCCAUAAACGCAAGAACUCAAACGGCUAUGCCAAAAACAGCUCUCUUCUCUUCUCUUCUGCCUUACCCUGGUCUCAUACUGGUACAUUGACUUUGUAGUGCCUUAAAUAAAAUUGUUACAUUUGUUUGUCUGUUGCCUUUAAAUAAACCAGAUUUUGGAAUCGUA